AUGGGCCGGACCGCACAAGAUUUUGAGACGCAUGGGGUACAGAGUAUGCGCAAAUACCUAAGAAGCUUCACUCUUCCCGACCCUCCGACAUGUGCCCAUUACGAUUUGAUCAAUCUUCCACCAGUAACCACCAAAAGUAAAUCUCACCAAAACCAAGCGCUACGGGUGCAGCCUGAGGACUACCGGACAUUGGAGUGCAUUCGUUUUAUCUUUCAAAGCAAGGAGAAUAUACUUUCUUGGCUAAAUGAAAACAUCCCCGGUAAACUACCGAAAUCGAAACUAGAAGAGACAAAGAAGAAGAUAGAGAAUAUCCGUUACAUACUGCCAGACAAAUUAUCCGAACGAUUCUUUUCGCAGAGGAUGAGCGAUAUCUCUCACCUACCUGAUUCUAUUGAUUGGGAACUCUGCGAAGGCGACACAAGGAGCCCGUUAUUUCGAUAUCAAGUUUGGAAGAAGGGACCUUUUAAUAAACCGAGGAUUUAUAUCCCGAAUACACCAUCCCCAAUUGUCAUAGCGUACCAGACGCCCUAUGUGCUCAGCCCAGGCGAUUUUGAAGAGUUUGUCAAUUGCAAAUCGUUUCCUAGCUUCAUGAAAGGCCCUAGGCCCAAUGCUCCCUUUUCUGGCAAGUUUAAAUUAUGGGCGACGCUAUGGGAUGCGUGUCGGGUUGAAGAUGCCAUGUGGUUCUUCUUAACGACCUACACUCAUUGGGCAGUAGGACAGUUUACUGAAGGUGGAGGCGUAGCAUUUAUUUCGUCCGUUUUUCAUUACAAAAACCGAUCGCCAACACUGCUCGAAUGGCUGACAUACUGGAUGGCAACUGCAAUGAAAGCACCGGACACAAAAGUGCUGCCUAGGGUUUAUGAACCCAUCACCGAAAGUCUGGCUUUUGAAAUAGAUUCAGAUAAGCCAUUUUCCGCUGGGAGAGCAAGAUCCGAAUCAUACUGGCCUGGGAGAGACGAUGAACCAGGAACGCAAGCAAUUACAUCAGAUUACAUUAUUGAACAAUGGGAAGAGGAAGUCGCCAUAACAGAAGGUGGAAACUCACUUGGACUCCCUGCCAAAAACAACAUAGACAUGAAAAGGCCAGAUAUUGUCGAGUGGAUGUCUUCUUGUAUGAACCCAAAGUAUCGAAAGCUCGACCAAGAUGAUUUGGAUUGCCCUGUUGACCUCGAUGCGGAAUGGGCCGAACAUGAGAUGUUUGUGCCAGGAGCCCCUCGUGGUGAAUGGAUGAUAUCGACAUGA